AUGUCGUCUAUGAUUGGCAGUGCUGUGAAGCCUGCUACGCCUUCUACUCCAUCACCGGCAACCACAGCGUUCACCACCCCCGCAUCUGGAGCCUUCAGUGCUUUUGCCAAAUCAGGUGGUUUCAGUGCUUUCACUGGCGGCGCAAAAUCGUUCGGCGAACUUCUUCGUACUGGAGGAGAUGAUCCUGCGCCCCCCAUCAUACCUCAGCGCGGGAAACCAACACCAACAGUCACCCCUCAAUCUUUAGAUACAGGUGCAUCAUCCGAAGAGAGUUAUCCAUCGCCAACAGAUGAUUCGGGGAGUAAAGAAACAGUCAAAGAGGGAAAAGAGCAGGAAUCUAUCUCGCAGAAGUCGUCUUUGGCUUCUAUACCUUCCUCUGCGGAUUCUUUUGUCGAG